AUGUCUUCUCCGCAUGCACCGACAUCGCUAGGUCACCGAAUGUCCUCCAACAUACCCCUCAUCCGCCCUUCUCCCCCACCCCUUCCGCGUGCUCAGCAACAGGAAUUCGAAGAACUUCUCCGCGCUGCCCAAGCGCCCUUAUCACAGCCUACCAUUGCUGCAGCAGCGGAAGGCGAUUUUACCCUCCAUCCCGACGCACGCCCCCCUGUGACGCCAGAGUUUGAGGGUGAUGUUAAUCCAGUAACGGGUGAACGAGGAGGGCCAAAGAGAGAACCAGUCGGAAAGUGGGGCCAGAGUGAAGGUGAUUGGAGUUUCAAGGGCCGGGUAACUGACUUCUAG